CUGUAUUGACCAAUUCUAACUCCCACUACACCCUCGCACACCUGAUCCCAACCCAAACUCUUUCUUUUUGGCCGCGUUCUUUCUUUCUCCCCACUCUAAAACCUCUCCCAAAACCCUGUAACCCAAACACCAAGAUAGCCCAACAGCUAGCAAUAUAUACAGCCUAUUACAAAAUUCAUAUGUAUAUAUAUGUUUAUGAGCAUAUAUAGAUUCAAUCAGCAUUUCACUUUUGUUGAUCGAUUCGGCGUCGCCACCGUUUUCGACUAGAAGAAAACUUGGCGAUGGCUUCUCGUCCAAUUUUGCGGAGGAGAAAGAUUUUUUCUGAGUACUUGAAUUCCCAUGUUCUUUCGGUUCAAAGUUUCCAAAGCUUGUGCAGGGGGCAACCAUUUCAGUCCCUCGAUUCUCGUUCUUAUACCACCUCCAUCACAGGCCCUGUCACCCAAAAUACAAAUGAAUUGAGAGAGAGUGAUCAAACUUCCGAUCCGAGCAAUAAAUCUCUGGAUGUCACAACCAUAGGAAUCUUUAGGCCUAAACCUACUGGAAUUACACCAUUCAUAUAUGGAAAUGCCAGGUCAGAUUUUCAUUGUCUGAUGGGUGUCAGGUUUAUGUCACAACAAAGAUGUUUCGCUUCCACAGCAACUGCAAAGAAGCCUAAUUUGGGGAAUGAAGACGAGGAUAACGACGAAAUGGAAGCGAAAAAGAGAAAGGAAGCUUCCCCAGAAGAAUGUGAUCAAGCUGUUGUUGGACUGAGUACUGCAAAGGCCAAAGCAAAAGCCAAAAAACUGCAAGAAUCCAAAAGCUUCUAUACUCCAGUUUUGAAGAAGAUAUGGGCCACAUUUCUUGGUAUUGGUCCAGCUUUAAGAGCAGUGGCUUCAAUGAGCAGGGCAGAUUGGGCCAAGAAACUCGUCCAUUGGAAGAAUGAAUUUGUGUCUACAUUACAGCAUUACUGGUUGGGUAGUAAGCUUUUGUGGGCUGAUGUGAGAAUCAGUUCGAGAUUAUUGCUGAAACUUGCCGGAGGGAAGAGUCUCUCCAGAAGAGAGAGGCAACAGCUCACAAGAACUACUGCUGAUGUUUUUAGGCUUGUUCCAUUUGCUGUUUUUAUCAUAGUUCCAUUCAUGGAAUUUCUGUUGCCUGUGUUUUUGAAGCUCUUUCCCAACAUGCUGCCAUCAACCUUCCAGGACAAGAUGAAAGAACAGGAAGCAUUAAAACGGAGGUUGCACGCCAAGAUAGAAUAUGCAAAGUUUCUCCAAGAGACUGUCAAAGAAAUGGCAAAAGAGGUGCAAAAUUCACGGAGUGGAGAAACUAAGAAGACAGCUGAGGACCUUGAUGAAUUUCUGAAUAAGGUCAGAAGUGGUGCCCGUGUCGCAAACGAGGAAAUUUUGGGAUUUGCUAAGCUGUUCAAUGAUGAACUCACACUAGAUAAUAUUAGCAGACCACGCCUUGUAAAUAUGUGCAAGUACAUGGGUAUCAGCUCUAUUGGAACAGAUGCUUAUUUGCGUUAUAUGCUACGGAAGAGAUUGCAGAGGAUUAAAAAUGACGACAAAUUGAUUCAAGCUGAGGGUGUCGAAUCUCUAUCAGAAGCUGAACUUCGUGAAGAUUGUCGUGAGAGGGGCAUGCUUGGAGUGCUUUCUGUGGAUGAAAUGCGCCAACAGUUGCGAGAUUGGCUAGAUUUGUCACUAAAUCAUUCUGUUCCGUCUUCACUUCUGAUCCUUUCCAGGGCCUUUACAGUAUCAGGUAAGGUGAGGCCCGAAGAAGCAGUUCAAGCUACAUUAUCGUCACUCCCUGAUGAAGUUGUGGAUACUGUGGGAAUUACAUCACUGCCAUCUGAAGAUUCUAUUUCUGAAAGGAGGAGGAAGUUAGACUACCUCGAAAUGCAGGAGGAACUUAUCAAGGAGGAGGAAGAGAAAGAAGAGGAAGAACUAGCGAGGAAAAAGGAAUCUUCUGCUGGAAUAGAAGAUGAUGUGGCUUUGAAAGAGAUGCUCAUUUCAACUGCAAAAGAAGCACAAGAACGAGCUAGAGAAAAAGCAGUGGACAAACAAGAACAGCUUUGUGAACUUAGUCGUGCAUUAGCUGUUUUGGCUUCUGCUUCUUCAGUGAGCAGGGAGCGUGAAGAGUUCUUGAGGCUUGUCAAUAAAGAGAUUGAGCUUUACAAUAGCAUAGUGGAUAAAGAUGGAACAGAUGGUGAAGUGGAGGCAAUGAAGGCAUAUAAAGCCGCUCGUGAUGAAAGUGAAGAUGGUGCUGAGGUCUCUGAGCAUAACGUCGUCUCAUCUGCUCUUAUAGACAAGGUUGAUGCUAUGCUUCAAAAUCUUGAGAAAGAAAUCGAUGACGUGGAUGCAAAAAUUGGUGAUCGUUGGCGUAUACUCGACAGAGAUUAUGACGGUAAAGUAACUCCUGAAGAGGUUGCAGCUGCUGCUAUGUAUUUGAAAGACACUUUAGGCAAAGAAGGGGUGCAAGAACUCAUCAGUAAUCUCUCUAAAGAUUCAGAUGGGAAGAUACUUGUUGAGGAUAUUGUGAGAUUGGGCAGUCGAGCUGAAGGUGGCAACUCAGCCGAGCCUGAGGAAAUGUAGAGUGUUUAGAAAACGAGUUACUGUGUUUUCGCCUUUUUUGACCAGUACCACUUCUCGAUUGCGUUUUAACUCGGUAUUUUGUCGAGAGGUUUAACUUUGUUAGGGGAUCCUUUUCGAUAUUCGACCGUUUUGGAAUGGAAUCUCGAAAGUAUUAUCGGAUUAUUGUUCGUGUUCUAAUUAUUCGUAGAUGGAAAACAAAAAAUACCUGGGCAUAUAGCUAUAUUCUUGUUUCGAGUGAGUCCCCUCUAUUUUGUGUAUAUGAAUUUGGAAUAGCCUGUUUGCAUACUGGUUACUACCAAAGUGACAAUGUUGCAGUUGGAUAUGAAGAAAAGGUUCAUUUUUCAUGAAGAAAAAAUUCCCUUAAAAGGGUGCAAUUAUAUAUAUA